AUGUUCCAGGUCGUCGAAACCGAUGCCGGGAUGUUGGAGUGCUGGCAAGGCACGGGCUAUGAUUGUUUUCGACACGAUGCGCAGGAGAAGAUUCUGGCUGCGAAGCGCUUCUUGCGCGGACGUUAUCGAGUUUUGAAAGACUUGCGUGGCUUCGAGGUGACGGGAUUGCAGUAUGCCUUCAGCAAGACAGCCUUCGGUUCCGAUGUGGAACAGGCAGUCACGAUGUGCAACCACACGUGCUUAUCUCACUUGACCUGUCAAGCCUGGAGAUACUCCACGGGGGACGGAUGCUGGUAUGAUGGGGGUGGCCUUGUAUAUCCGCCUACCACUGACACCUUCCUGAAGGGCACGGAAGCAGCUGCGCUGGUCGUGGCCGGAGCCUAUGUCCAGCGGCUCUGUGAGGUUCCACAGGAUCUGCAUGAGCACGUGUCAGCGCCUGCCACAACGAUUGCCAUCAGUGCCUUUCAGGCGCUCACGACGUCCGCGCCGGUCAUGCCUGGUGUGGUGCCUGGGGUGGUGCCUGGGGUGGUGCCCAACGUUGUGCCUGCCGGGGUGCCUACUGUGUCCAACGGUGUGUCCACCGAAGUGCCCACCAUGGUGCCUACUGCGGUGUCCAACGGUGCGUCCACCGAAGUGCCCACCAUGGUGCCUUCUGUGGUGUCCAACGGUGUGUCCACCGAAGUGCCCACCAUGGUGCCUUCUGUGGUGUCCAACGGUGUGUCCACCGAAGUGCCCACCAUGGUGCCUUCUGUGGUGUCCAACGGUGUGUCCACCGAAGUGCCCACCAUGGUGCCUUCUGUGGUGUCCAACGGUGUGUCCACCGAAGUGCCCACCAUGGUGCCUUCUGUGGUGUCCAACGGUGUGUCCACCGAAGUGCCCACCAUGGUGCCUUCCGUGGUGUCCAACGGUGCGUCCACCGACGUGCCCACCAUGGUGCCUUCUGUGGUGUCCAACGGUGCGUCCACCGAAGUGCCCACAAACACGGCGUUGCCUUCCGGCGCGACCACCGCGGUACCAACCGAGGUGGCAGUGGUUACCGAGCCUGCUGCGGUGCCCGCUGGGGUGAUUGCCGGGGUGCCCACCGAAUUGCCGACUGAAGUGCCCACCACGCCCACCGCGGUGCCUAGCGGGGUUUUUACGGAAGUGCCCACCAAAGUGCCCACCGAAAUUUCCGCCGUUGUGGCCACCGGGCUGCCCACCGGCGUGCCCACCAGCAUGCCUGGCACGGUGCCAGGGGUGCCCAGCGCCGUGCCCACCGGGGUGCCCACCGGAGUGCCCACCGGAGUGCCCACCGGAGUGCCCACGGCCGGAGUGCCCACCGGAGUGCCCACCGCAGCCACCACGCGUCCCGGGCUCCCCGGAGUCCCCGCGGUGCCGAUUGUCGCGGGGACUGUUGCGGGGACAGUGUCGGCCGCGGGCGCAACAGCUGCUCUACCUCUGCAACCAGCCGCGGACUCCAUAGUAACAACAUCCUCAUGGUCAUUGUUCACCUCGACACCGAGCCCCUCAGCGAAUGCCUCCUCCGCAGCCGGUGCCGCGUACGUCAAGGCCAAGGCCGGCGUUGCGAGCGAUGAGGCGGGCUGCCUCCAUGUGCACUGGAUGUGGGAUGAGGUUUGGGAUGAGCUUGCAUCUGAGGCGAUGCAGAUGCCGGGCACCUUUGUGCGGGUCCUGUCAUCAGGCCUGGUCUUUUACAAGAGUGUGGGGCGCCCAGCGACUCACAUUGCCCGUUCUCAGCCGGAUGGAAUCACGUGGCCAGGACGACGACGUGUCAUGCACUCAGGUGGCGAGGAUGUCAUCGACCACUGCCGUGCAGCGACUUCCGUGUCUGAGGAGGCUGUCAUCAGUGACCGGACGGGUGAGGCCCGCAACCCAGCAUAUGCCACGGAAAUGGACCAAAUUUUCGUGGCUCUCUUGCUUUGUCUCAGGACUAGCGCGAAAGUGAGCAGACAUGCAGUAAAGCAGCAAGACACCAAGAGGAAUUUCGCGGUCGACAUUGGCCGAGAGGUGUCGCAAGCAAGCGACAUCCAGAACAAUCAUUCGACGGGCGCGAAGCGCCUGAUGAUAACGCUCCGGGCCUUGCCGAAGGAGCUGCCGCAGGGCUCGUGCACGAAGCAUGCUGCCUCACGUGAUCACACAUGCUUCCUCCGCGUGACUUCGCUCAAGUCACCGCCACAACCACCUUCGCUGUGCCGCUUUGCCCUGCAAGCCAAUUGCAUUCGGAAAUGUCUUCUCGAGCAGUGUCACGUGCGAGUGUCUGGAGGGAAGGGCGUGAAGGGCAUGAAGUCUGAAGCCCUCCUGAUAUUUGCUGCAGUCCUUGCCCUUUGCUGCCUGAGCCCAAGUUUUUCGACGGCGACAGCGCGAGGUUGGGCCUGCACCCAUGCCUCUUGGUAUUACUACGACGAGAUUGCAGAGUUCUCGGUGGAUCGCUUCCCUCAGUUGGAUGGCUACCUGCCGCGGGCUACGGAAGUGCAAAUUGACUUGUGCGAGUACGACCCUGAAGAUCAGGCCUGGGGCGAAGCUGGCUCCGCAUGUGUUGGCACCUUUCCAAGAGUGCUGAUUGCGCAGCUCCCGCUCAUGGCCGGUGCGGGCCCGCAGGGGUACUCACAGGCAUACUCGCUGCCGACCCAGCAGAUGAUGCCACAGGGCAUGCCAGGGGCCAUGCCAGGGGCCAUGCCAGGGACUUCCGUGGGCCCCUGCGGUGGCCCCAUCGGUGGCCCCGUCGGUGGCCCCAUCGGUGGCCCCAUCGGGGGCCCUGCCGGGGCCUACAACCCCGGCAUGCCCUCCGGAUUCACAUCGCCGGGGCCCAUAGAACACCAACUGCUACACCGCUCCACGCGUUAA